CCGCCGAAGAGGGGCGUGAGCACUUCGGCCGUUCUGCGCAGGCGCUGCGAAGGGCUGGGUCUCUGCGGUCUCGCUUCCAAGACACACCCCCUUGGAAGAGGGAGUGACGUCAGGUUAAAGCUACUGGGACGCAUCCCGGCAUCUCUAAAUCACUGCGCCCUGGCCUCUUCGGCCUGCGUCCGCUGCGGCCCAGGGGUCGGGCUUCUCAGCUGCUGAGCCACCGCCACCGACUGCGCUCUCCCGUGGGUCGGCUUUUUGCUCGCCAUGCCUCCGCCGCAGGGUGACGUGACCGCCUUGUUCCUGGGGCCUCCUGGCUUGGGGAAGUCCGCGCUGAUCGCAUCGCUGUGCGACAAGGAUGUGGAGACGCUCGAGGCCCCCGAGGGACGGCCGGACUCCGGGGUCCCCAGCCUAAGAGCUGCGGGCCCAGGCCUUUUUCUGGGCGAGCUGAGCUGCCCACCCGCGGCGCCGGGGCCCUGGGCGGCGGAAGCCAACGUGCUGGUACUGGUGCUGCCCGGACCCGAGGGGAACGGGGAACCCUUGGCUGCAGCCCUGGGAGAGGCAGCGCGGGCCGCUCUGGCCCGAGGGACCCCGCUGCUGGCUGUGCGGAACCUCCGUCCUGGGGAUUCACAGACUGCAGCCCAGGCCCGUGAUCAGACAGCAGCUCUGCUGAACAGCGCGGGGUUGGGAGCUGCGGAUCUGUUUGUGCUACCGGCGAACUGCGGCAGCAGCGAUGGUUGCGAGGAGCUAGAGCGCCUCCGGGCGGCGCUGCAGAACCAGGCAGAAGCGCUGCGGAGGCUCCUGCCCCCGGCCCAGGAUGGCUUCGAGGUGCUGGGUGCAGCAGAGCUGGAGGCUGUGCGUGAGGCCUUUGAGACCGGCGGCCUGGAGGCUGCGCUGUCGUGGGUGCGCUCAGGCCUGGAGCGCCUGGGCAGUGCACGGCUAGACCUGGCCGUGGCCGGCAAGGCUGACGUGGGCCUUGUGGUGGACAUGCUGCUUGGAUUGGAUCCUGGCGACCCAGGUGCUGCGCCUGCUUCGGUGCCCACGGGGCCCACUCCCUUCCCGGCUCCAGAGCGCCCGAAUGUGGUGCUCUGGACUGUACCUCUGGGCCCCACGGGCACUGCCACCACCGCGGCCGCAGCCUCUCACCCAACGCACUACGACGCCCUCAUCCUCGUCACCCCUGGGGCCCCCACUGAGAAGGACUGGGCCCAGGUCCAGGCCUUGGUGCUACCAGAUGCGCCUCUUGUCUGCGUGCGCACAGACGGUGAGGGCGAGGAUCCGGAGUGUCUGGGAGAAGGCAAGAUGGAGAAACCCAACGGCGAGAGCUUAAAGAACGCAGGCGGAGGGGGAUUGGAGAAUGCACUCAGUAAGGGAAGGGAGAAAUGUAGCGCUGGAUCGCAGAAAGCAGGCAGCGGGGAAGGUCCUGGGAAAGCUGGCAGCGAGGGUUUGCAGCAGGUUGUCGGCAUGAAGAAAUCAGGUGGUGGCGACUCAGAGCGGGCCGCCGUGUUAAGCCCGGAGGACGAGACGUGGGAGGUGUUGGAGGAGGCACCGCCGCCAGUGUUCCCCCUACGGCCUGGUGGACUCCCAGGGCUAUGCGAAUGGCUGCGGCGAGCGCUCCCCCCAGCCCAGGCAGGGGCGCUGCUGCUGGCACUGCCACCAGCAUCUCCCAGCGCUGCCCGAACCAAGGCUGCAGCGUUGCGAGCCGGGGCGUGGAGGCCAGCUCUGCUGGCUAGUCUGGCAGCGGCGGCGGCACCACUCCCAGGGCUGGGCUGGGCAUGCGACGUGGCACUUCUGCGGGGUCAGCUGGCGGAGUGGCGACGGGGCCUGGGACUGGAACCCGCGGCACUGGCUCGACGUGAGCGUGCCCUGGGCCUGGCUCCUGGGGAGCUGGCAGCGCGCGCUCAUUUCCCAGGCCCGGUGACGCGCGCCGAGGUCGAAGCAAGGCUGGGCGCCUGGGCGGGCGAGGGCACUGCUGGGGGUGCAGCACUGGGUGCUCUCUCCUUCCUGUGGCCUGCGGGUGGCGCAGCGGCGACAGGUGGCCUGGGCUACCGAGCGGCUCACGGCGUACUGCUGCAGGCUCUGGAUGAGAUGCGGGCUGAUGCUGAGGCUGUGCUGGCACCCCCUGAGCCUGCCCAGUGUGAGGUGGGAGGGGGCUUGAGUGUCCAGACUCUGGCAGGGAAUGCCUGGGCUUAAUCCUGGGUGCUUGAAAUGGAUGUGGACUCUGAUUUCUAGCUGGGAUGUGUGACUUCUCAUCACCUGGAUUCAAAGAGUCUGGGGGACAGGAAUCCUAAUUUCUUUUCUUUCUUUUUAUUUCUUUCUUUUUUUUUUUUUUUUU